AUUUCGUUGAGGGAGUCUAAUUUUGAUUCUAAUUUCGAGGUAGAAUGGAAAUGAUCUAAUUUACGUAAAAAAUAAAUAUGUAUUCUUCUCUAUAAAUUUAAAUUUAAAUUUAAAUUUAAAUUUUAAUUUUAAUUUUGAUUCUGAUUUUAAUCAAAAGAUCUGGUCUUUCCAUUCACAUUCCAAUAUAUUUUGAUUCGAUCACAGACAAAUGUCCCUGGAAAGAGUCACACUACCAAACAAUAGAACCGUGUGAUGAUAUCUUAUAGACUAAGGCACAGCCCAUCACUUGAUAUUCCCUUCGGUUUCACUGUCCCAUCUGAUAAGAAUCAUAAGAUCAGAAUCACAAGAUCAGGGUACUUUCUUGGGGAACAACCGUUACGAGUUGGUGGCCCGUUUUUCGAACUCUGGCUCUCUUCCUCCUCCCAUCAAUGGCAACGGCUAUUUCUUUGUCGAGGCGGUUGGGCGCCGCCGUCCGGGAGGUGGGCUUGAAGAAAGGGGCCGGGGGUUGGUACGGCCCUCACAUGGCUGCCGCCGAGCGCGCCAUCCUCGAGCGGGUCCCGCUUGUCGAUCUCGUCGUCGAAGUACGCGACGCCAGGAUACCCUUUACAUCAGCUUUUGAGUCUCUCAGACGAAGAGUCUGCUCUCAUAAGCAUAUGAUUGUGCUUAACAAGGUGGAUCUUGCCAAUCACUCUCUAACGGAAAAAUGGCUGAAGCACUUCGAAAACCGGAGUUGUCUUUGCUACGGAGUCAAUGCCCACAACAAGGACAACAUCAAGGAGCUUCUGAGCAUUGUACGAGCUAAGAUCAAGGAAUUAAAGGUUGGGGAGAGUACGUACACUGCAACAGUUUUGUUGGCUGGGAUUCCAAAUGUCGGCAAAUCAGCCAUCACCAAUUCCAUGCAUCAAAUUGGCAGAAUAAGUGCUGCAGACAAGGGAAAAUUGAAGCAUGCUGUAGUGAGCCCACAACCUGGGGAGACAAAAGAUAUUAGCAGUUACAAGAUUGCCAGCCAUCCCAACAUAUAUAUAUUGGACACUCCAGGUGUUCUAUCCCCAAAAAUUUCUGAUGAUGACUCAGCUUCCAAACUAGCUUUGACAGGAACUAUUAAGGACUCGUUGGUAGAAGAAUGCAAGCUUGCUCGAUAUUUUCUUGCUGUCCUUAACUCGUCAGAAGAAUACAAACAUUGGGAAAACCUUAAAGAUGCAGUAGAUGACACAUUAUCCUUAAAUAGUAGAGAAAAACUCAUGGCAGAUUGUCAUACCAACCAGAAAAGGAGAAGGCAAUACUCUUCAGAUCACACCCAGCCAUGCGCAGGACUUCAUUGUAAAGGAUGUUCGUGUGACCCUAUUCAAGACUAUGUCAUCAUUUAGUAACUACAUGGAAAAAGAAAAUGAAAUGGAAAGGCUGAUUGAAUCUCAGUUUAUGGCCUUACAAGAAGUUUUCCGAGUGUCACUGGAAUCAAGUGAGGAUAGAUAUAAAGCAGUUGCUGCAAAGUUACUCAACCUAUUCCGGACUGGAAGACUUGGCCGAUACACCUUGGAUCUUGUUCCAAGUAAUAUGCAGGAACUUAUUUAGUGAAAAUAUACCUGCGUGCUUCAGAGGAAAGGUGGUGUCGUUUUAGAUUGAGCUAGCAGGAUAGACAUCUAACUUUCAAGGGCAGCAGUUGCUGGGUCAGGAGCGGACAUGCAGGCUUGUUGUAGAGAUCCUUGCAAUCCUGAAAUAAGCCGGAGAAGACAUCACAUGGCUCAGAAAAUCUCAGGCUUCCCCUGGUUAGGGUUUGGUUGUUUGCAGCUCAUCUGAAUUAUAGCAUCUUCUUUUCCAGCAUAAGACAUUAACUACAAUGCAAUCAAGACUAGUCUUCCUAUGACUCUGCUGAUUGGGAUGCUACAUGCAUCUGCAUAUCUCUAUCGCUCUCAUUACACUUAUCUUUGCAGCUCAGCUCAAUUGCAAUGUCAUCUUCCCCAGAGAACUCCUUGAAAUUUGCAGCCCUUCCCAAUUCUUCCACCUCCUCAAUAACAAGCUCUAGCCUUGCUACCAUCUCCACUAGCAAUGAAGCAAAUGCUGCAAAUGGGAGCGCCUCUGAGAACUCAAGGCUGGUGAUCAUUAUCUGACUCAAUGUUGGCCUCAAGACCUUCCUCUCAGCUGACUCUGUUGACUUGUCUGCUACCCUUUUGCUCCGCCUUUCUAAUAUUGAUGAGAUAUCAGUUUUGACUGAUGGUAAGGCAACCUCAGAUGAUGCAAACUUAUCAGGUCUGCAGUCCACUAGCAUGUUGGUGUUUGCAGAGGCAUUAUUGGAGCCUAGGAACAGGCGUGGUUGGGAUUUAAUGGCAGAAUUAAGGUCUUGCAAAGCCUCAUGAAGAUGUUUGGAGAGCACAUCAGGAGAGCAAUGUCUGCGGUUCCUUAUGCUGCUAGCAAGUUCUGCAAGAACCUUGGACACUUCACCAGCUACUUGCAUGCAUGGGUGUCGAAAUAGAGAUCUUACUGAUCGUGGAGUCUACAGCACACAGGCAACCAUCUGAUUAGUAAGUCUAUGAUGAGUGCUUCUUUCUAGAGCUUUAACUGGAGAAGAUGGGGACUAAAAAAGUGUCAAAUGAUGAGGAGCGCAAAUGUUGUUCAUUGAGAAAAUAAAACGUCAAGUAGGCGUACCUGAAUUUCAGAUUCCAAACAUCCAUGAAGAGCUACAGCUGUAUACCCGAAAUGUCUAAGAACAGCACCAAGCUUCACAUAUUGUUGCCAUGGGUACCUGUAACAGUGCCUUGAGUGCCUCCUAGGCUCCCAGCUUGCAAAUGUUGCCUGACCAAUGCUCAUCAUUGUCCCCAACAUUAUCAUACAAUUGAUCCCUCAGAAACUAAAGGCUUCAUACUAUUUUAAAGAUUUCUUUGAAGAAUCAUGGAAUGCAUUCAAAUACUCUAUAACUUACAAGGGUCUCAUCAGUAGAUUUGGAGUCCAGGACUGCUCUGUAGCCCUUGAACGAGUUUUCCUCGAUAAUUUUGUUGUCCUUGGCUUCUUCUUGGAAAUACUCGCUCACACAAGCUGCAAGACUUAACUGGUAAAUUUUGGUUGAAUAUUUGUAAUACCAAGGCACCUUGGACUUAAAGUAGAUCCACAAAUGUUAUUUAAAUUGAUGAGAGGUGUACCUUCAAUUGAUCUUGCCAACCCUUCAAGCUUAUACACUGUAAAGCGGUGGAGAUCUUCACCGGACCAAUUUGGCAAAAUCAAGAGGCUCAUGAGAAGGCAGAGGCCACAGCCGAUGGCAAUGGUGUAUAGACGGUCUCGUGCCAAAUGUAAUACAUUGUGUAUACGGAAACUUGACACCGUUAUCAGAUUGAAGGUUAGCAGGAAAAUUACCACUC